AUGAUGGAGGGGAAAAGGCGGGAAUCUGCGGAGGGGAAAGCUGAAACAGCUACCAAGAUGAAAAUUGGCCCAGGACAAAUAGAUGUCUCUACAGAGAUCAAAUACUACCAAUCUGAAAGUUUAACUGUACCUAUGGAAAAUCAUAUAACUUUUAGUAGAAUUUCAAGAAUAGAUAAUGGACUUGUGAAGACCUUUAACUCUGAAAUUCUUAGUCCAAAGAAUGAUUUAAUUAAUAAACCAGUUGAAGAAGAAUUCUAUUCCAGUCAAGAUACCUACUUAAGUUCCAUGGCUGAAGCUGCGCUGAAUAGAGAAAAUGAACAUGCAAAGUUUGAAGUUAAAAUGCAGCCAUGUAGACAAGAGUUUUGUGAUGAAGUCCUUGGAAAAUAUCAGAAAUUACCAGAAGCGACUCUUUCAGAAGUGACAACAUGUGCAUAUUUACCACAAUUGCAACUGUGCUCACAGAAUAUCCAUUUUCCAUCUUCCUUAAUGACAGAACAUAGAGGUUCCAUGCUAUCUCUUGGCACCAGUACUGCUGAUGGAGCAGUCAGUACAAAUGUAGAAAUGAUACCAGUAUUGAGAACAAUAACUUCAACUGCAGAUGCAAAGAACUGUGUUUCUUGUGACCAAAUCAAAGGAAUUAUUAAUAGUUCUACAAUGUCACAAGCCAUACCAGAGUGUUCUGGUGAAUCAUGCAACGGUAUCACUGUUUUAUCUCAGGAUACUGCUGCUGUUUGUGAUGAGAUUGCUGAGGUCAGAGAAGCAGUUGUUAGCAUUACAGCUAAUAAUUCAGAAGAAGCAGUUUUUCAAAAUUCAAAUGGUGAAGAAAUCAGCCAUAACCUAGCAGCUUCACAAAAUGCAGUGGAGGAACCUACCUGUUCACAGAGAAAUUAUGCCAGUCCUCAAGUGAUAAUCUGCCAGUUGAAGGGUGGUACUCAUAUACUUUGUAUAAACAAUACAGACACAAGAGAAUUAAAAGCAGUUCAUUUGGUCCCCCAGUAUCAAGACCAGCCUAAGUAUCCUCAGACAGAUGCAAGUAAUUCUGUAACAUCUGUACUGGGACAGUUUUUACCAGUUGGAGGUAAACUGAAUGUCUGUGCACAAGAGCAGCUUGAUAAUGGAUCCAUAUAUACAUGCCAUUCAGAUAAAAAUCUUCAAGAGCCAACAAAACUGACCUUAGUUGGGUUACCUUGCAGCUCCUGGGAUACAAAGUCAAAAAAGCCAUGCAACUGCACUAAAUCACAGUGUCUCAAAUUAUACUGUGAUUGCUUUGCCAAUGGUGAUUUCUGCAGUAACUGCAACUGCAAUAAUUGUUAUAACAAUCCACAACAUGAACUAGAGAGGAUUAAGGCAAUUAAGGCUUGUCUUGACAGAAAUCCAGAAGCUUUCCUGCCAAAGAUUGGAAAAGGAAAACUAGGAGAUAUCAAGCCCAGACAUAAUAAAGGAUGUAAUUGUAAGCGGUCAGGGUGCCUUAAAAAUUACUGUGAAUGCUUUGAGGCUAAAAUCAUGUGUUCAUCUAUCUGCAAGUGUGUUGGUUGCAAAAAUUAUGAAGAAAGCCCAGAUCGAAAAACACUAAUGAAUAUACCAAACUAUAUGGAAAUUAAAAGUUAUGAAGGAAAUGACUCUGUAUCAUUUUCUAAUUUUGAAAUAUUAUCAAAAAGCAGAAAAGACAGGCAGUCUAGUACGUGUAUAUCAUGGGAAGUGGUUGAGGCAACGUGUGCCUGUCUUCUUGCUCAAGCUGAAGAGGCAGAAAAAGAAGCUUACUCUAUUUGCCUAGCAGAACAAAUGAUCUUAGAAGAAUUUGGAAGAUGCUUAUCACAGAUUCUGCACUCUGAAUUUAAAUCCAAAGGGCUGAAAGUUGAAUAA